AUGGCAAAAUCCUACUGGUGGAUGGGCAAGAGGCACAGAGUUCUGUGCUACAGCACUGAUGGAACACUGGUAUCCAAGGCAGGGUCUUACGGAAAGGGAAAGUUGCAGUUUAAUGACCCAGUGGGGAUCGCUGUGGCACCGUCGGGUCAGGUUUUGGUGUGCGAUCGCAGGAACCACAGGAUCCAGGUGCUCACACCCGACCUCCAGUUCAUGCGACAGAUUGGGGAUCUGGGUGAUGAUGUAUCCGGGCCUGGUCUCUACCUCCCUUGGGAUGUGGCAUGUGACAGUAAGGGUGACGUCUAUGUUGCAGACUGCGGCCACUGCUGUGUGAAGGUUUUCUCAAGCAAGGGGCAGUUUCUGAGGGCGAUUGGGGGUGAGGGAAACCAAAGGGGACAGUUCAAGCACAUUUCUUCCAUCUGCAUCGAUUCAAAUGACUAUCUGUAUGCACUCGACAAGGAAAGGGCAUGUGUGUCGGUUUUCAACCCACGCGGAGACCUCAAGAUGCAAUUUGGGACCAUAGGAGCAGCGGAUGGUCAGUUUUUCAAGCCUCUUGGGAUAGCUGUGGAUCGGAACGGUCGCGUUUACGUUACUGAUGGCGAGAGCUCUGUGUGGCCAACCCAGGAGGAAGGAAGGGUUCAAGUCUUCGAAUGA